CCCACCUCGUGACACUCUCUUCCGGUUACCGUCCUAGCACAAAAAAGGACUGUAUGGCCUCAGAGCAUCUCUCUUAUCCAGCUCUAGAGGCGUCCUCGUCAACUUCUACAACAACACCGGCAAAGGAAAGGAUCAUUAAGGAUAGGAUCUACGUUGGAAACUUGCACCCAUCUAUCGACGAAUACUCGCUACUCCAAGCCUUCUCAAAAUUUGGCAAAAUCUCUAAAUUGGACUUUCUCUUCCAUAAGGCUGGUCCCCACAAGGGCAAACCUCGAGGCUAUGCAUUCAUCGAGUACGAAAAUGCCAACGAUGCUGCUAAGGCUCUCGCAUCAGCGCAUGACAAACCUCUUCGCGGUCGCACGCUUGUCGUGACAUAUGCUCAUCAGGCGCCGCUAGAUCAAGCUGGUGGGAGCAGUGGAGUGGGGGCGAAGCGGAAGUCGAUGAUGGAGAGUGGACGCCCCACGACGUUGAGCAUGAUCAAAGGACGGCAUAGGGACAAGACGCAAGACAAGAUUGCUAUGAUGGAAGCGAAGCUUCGUCAAAUGGAAGGCGUCGAACAUACUACACAGCACCAUCCCUCGCUGCCUGCGAAACCCCCUGCUCUGAUAAAUUCAUUGCCCACGAAGCCGGAGGAAAGCGUCUUGCAGGCAGUGCCUAUGUCUGACGCGAAGAUGAAAGUCAUAGAAAUCCCAGUGACAGCGAAGCUUCCAGAAAGACCGAAGCCCAUGGGCAAACAGGUGGAAGUUAAAAAGCGAACGUCUUUGGCCGGGGUGAAGAUUGUGAAACCGCAGCGGAAGGACGGAUGAAAGAUCAUCUUAUAGGUUGUCGCGAUGUAUUUUAAGUUGGAUAUCUUCUAAUCAGUUUGCCGACCAUUCAGACAUACAACCUUUCCCGCCCUAGUGUUUUAGAAGAAUAAGUAGAAAUUGGAGGCAGGUAUAUCGUGCGUUGAAGGCCAGAGCUGCAAGGCAGUAUUACGUAGGGAAUGGCCAGCAACAAUGAUGAUAUCCUAUGGGUGUCGGUUUCCUCAUCUUCGUGCGCACACUAGUGUCUUCUUCGUCAUAAACUCAAACAAGCCGCCAAAAUUAGACCUGCGAG